GCAAGCGAGGACGAGUAGGCAAAAUUUGAUGGUGGAGAGCCGCUCUUUCGCCUUUCUCUGACGUCCCGUCUGCUAAGCCAGUGCUUUUGGAAGAACAUCCAGUUGUCGGAAGUGCGGACGGCUGAGGGGAAAGCCGGCUUUCUCUUCAGGGGUAGUCCCCGGCCGUCGGUGGCGCCUGGCGCUCCGUGCGCAUGUGUGCGCCGGCUUGGGCGCGGGGCGCGGGAUUCUGUGCUGGGAGUGGAAGCGGGCACGGGGUGCAUGGCCCCCAGGGGCGCCGCGGGGCCUCCGCCUCCGCCGUCCCCCCAGGCCUGGGUCUGGCCUGGAAAGACGCUAGCAAUGGGGGCGUUGGCAGGCUUCUGGGUUCUCAGCCUCCUCGCCUAUGGUUACCUGACGUGGGGCCAGGGCUUAGAAGGUGAAGAGCCAGAAGGGGCGUUCGGAGCUCCCGCUGGAGAGAGACUUGAGCCCGGCACAUCCUCCACGUCCCAGCCACAUCUCAUUUUCAUCCUCGCGGAUGAUCAGGGAUUUCGAGACGUGGGUUACCACGGAUCUGAGAUAAAGACGCCCACUCUUGACAAGCUCGCUGCUGAAGGAGUUAAACUGGAGAACUACUAUGUCCAGCCGAUUUGCACACCGUCCAGGAGUCAGUUUAUUACUGGAAAGUAUCAGAUACACACGGGACUUCAACAUUCUAUCAUAAGACCUACCCAACCCAACUGUUUACCUCUGGACAACGCAACCCUACCUCAGAAGCUGAAGGAGGUUGGAUAUGCCACACAUAUGGUUGGGAAAUGGCACCUGGGCUUUUACAGAAAAGAGUGCAUGCCCACUAAGAGAGGAUUUGAUACCUUUUUUGGAUCCCUUUUGGGAAGUGGUGACUACUAUACACACUACAAAUGUGACAGUCCUGGGAUGUGUGGCUAUGACUUGUAUGAAAAUGACAGUGCUGCCUGGGACCAUGAUAAUGGCAUAUAUUCCACACAAAUGUACACUCAGAGAGUGCAGCAAAUUUUAGCUUCCCAUAACCCCACAAAGCCCAUCUUCUUAUAUAUUGCUUACCAAGCCGUUCACUCACCGCUGCAGGCACCUGGAAGGUAUUUUGAGCACUACCGAUCCAUUAUCAACAUAAACAGGCGGAGGUAUGCUGCCAUGCUUUCCUGCUUGGAUGAAGCAAUCAACAACGUGACCCUGGCUCUAAAGACCUACGGGUACUAUAACAACAGCAUUAUCAUUUACUCAUCAGAUAAUGGAGGUCAGCCCACAGCAGGAGGAAGUAACUGGCCUCUCAGAGGCAGCAAAGGAACCUACUGGGAAGGGGGGAUUCGGGCUGUUGGCUUUGUGCAUAGCCCACUUCUGAAAAACAAGGGGACAGUGUGCAAGGAACUCGUGCACAUCACUGAUUGGUACCCCACUCUGAUUUCCCUGGCUGAAGGACAGAUUGACGAGGACAUUCAACUGGAUGGUUACGACAUCUGGGAGACCAUAAGUGAAGGUCUUCGCUCACCCCGAGUGGAUAUCUUGCACAACAUUGACCCUAUUUACACCAAGGCCAAAAAUGGCUCCUUGGCAGCAGGCUACGGGAUCUGGAAUACUGCUAUCCAAUCCGCCAUCAGGGUGCAGCACUGGAAACUGCUUACGGGAAAUCCCGGCUACAGUGACUGGGUCCCCCCUCAGGCUUUCAGCAAUCUGGGGCCAAACCGGUGGCACAAUGAACGCAUCACAUUGUCCACUGGCAAAAGCAUAUGGCUUUUCAACAUCACGGCAGACCCCUACGAGAGGGUGGACUUAUCUGGCAGGUAUCCAGGCAUCGUGAAGCAACUCCUCCGGAGGCUCUCCCAGUUCAACAAAACAGCAGUACCCGUCAGGUACCCACCCAAAGACCCCAGAAGUAACCCUCGGCUCAACGGAGGAGUCUGGGGACCAUGGUAUCAAGAGGAAAAUAAGAAAAAGAAGCCAGGCGAAAAUAAGAAAAAGAAGCCAGGCAAAAAUAAGGUUGAGAGAAAACACAAGAAAAACAAGAAGAUGAAGAGGAAAAAGCAGAAGGCACGCGCAUCUGCGAAUUGCCGUUCGGCUGUUACUGGUGGAUAG